AGUUUGCUUUUAGCCCUAGUCGAGAGCGGACGUCAGAGAUCUGAGAUCUAUAAAGAUCACCGAUCAUCGAUCGCUCUAGAUACUUAAGAAAUACGGAAGAGAUAUUGCCCGCGAUAUUAAAGCGAACGGAUUCGAGAAACGACCCCAUCCGAUCUUGUUUGAAUUUGAAUCGCUGGCCGAUUGAUGCGAAGUGAGUCCGAUCCGAUCUAGUCGGCCGCCUGAUCUCCACCCGGACUGACGUGUUUCUCCGCCUCCUCCUGCUCAGUAGAAUAUAAAGAAGCCAUAAUACCCGAUAUCUAGCACUUGCACUUGCUGAUUAGAGCUGGUCUCCGGAGGUGCAUAGAACACUAGUAAUCGAAACGAAACAAGCUCCGGUAUACAUAACCAGUUUUUAAUUCAAAUUGCCUUCAAAAUGUCUAAAAUGCCAGAGACAACGUUUGCCGACUUGAGUUUGGCUGAUAAGACUGCUGUGAAGAAGUCUAGCAUCGAAGCUCGGCGGUUCUCCGAUGUCUCCACUUGCUCCUUUAGCUCCACCUGUUUCACCGGAAGUUCCGAUGAGGAGGAAAUCUCGCCAAAGGACAACCAUCAACGCAAUUCCGCCGGCGGAACAGAUUUUUGCGUAAAAAGCAUAUCGAAGAGUACUUUUGGCCGACGUGAGAUUGAAAUUGCGGAAUCCGAGAUGCCGGGCAUUAUGACCCUCCGGAAAAGGGCAAAGGAUGAGAAGCCCCUGAAGGGCGCCCACAUCGUCGGCUGUACCCAUGUGAACGCUCAGUCGGCGGUGCUGAUCGAGACCCUGGUCCAGUUGGGCGCCACCGUUCGCUGGGCGGCAUGCAACAUAUAUUCCACCCAGAAUGCCGUGGCAGCCGCCUUGGCCGAGGCGGGCAUUCCGAUCUUUGCCUGGCGAGGCGAAACUGAGGAGGAGUUCUGGUGGUGCCUGGACAAGUGCAUCCACAAGGAGGGCUGGACCCCGAAUCUUAUUUUGGAUGAUGGCGGCGAUGCCACGCAUCUGAUGCUGAAGAAGUAUCCGGACUACUUCAAAGGCAUCCGAGGCAUUGUAGAGGAGAGCGUGACGGGGGUUCAUCGUCUCUAUAUGCUCUCCAAGGGAGGAAAGCUCACCGUUCCGGCUAUCAAUGUCAACGACUCGGUCACCAAAAACAAGUUUGAUACGUUCUACACAUGUCGCGACUCCAUACUGGACAGUUUGAAACGCACUACGGACAUCAUGUUUGGCGGCAAACAGGUGGUGAUUUGUGGCUACGGCGAUGUGGGCAAGGGAUGUGCCCAGUCACUUAAGGGCCAGGGCUGCAUCGUUUACAUCACAGAGGUGGAUCCCAUCUGUGCCCUUCAAGCAGCCAUGGACGGAUUCCGGGUGGUGCGGCUAAACGAAGUCAUUCGGACGGUGGAUGUGGUAGUCACAGCCACCGGAAACAAGAAUGUAGUCACCCGGGAUCACAUGAAUCGCAUGAAAAAUGGAUGCAUACUUUGCAAUAUGGGUCAUUCCUGCUCCGAGAUCGAUGUGAACAGCCUGCAUACGCCGGAAUUGACUUGGGAACGAGUUCGCUCCCAGGUUGACCACAUCAUCUGGCCCGACGGCAGGAUGAUUAUCCUUCUGGCAGAAGGUAGGUUGGUGAAUCUCUCUUGCUCCACAAUUUCCUCGUUCGUCGUCUCCGUGGCCUCCUCCACUCAGGCCCUGGCUCUAAUUGAAUUAUACUCGGCGCCAGGAAGGUACAAGUCGGAUGUCUACUUGCUGCCAAAGAAAAUGGAUGAGUACGUGGCAAGUCUGCAUCUAUCCACUUUUGAAGCUCAUCUCACAGAGCUCACAGAUGAGCAGGCCAAGUUUAUGGGCCUGAACAAGGCGGGACCUUUUAAAGCCAAUUACUACAGAUAUUAAUCAGUAUUAAAUUUUAUAUUCUUGUUACUCUUGUUCUGUAAAAUUGAUAUUAGAAAAAAAUAUAAAAAUAUCUUUUAAUUUAAAUUAAAA